UUUUUUUUUUGGUUUCAUCACUGAAUCGUUUACCACAUAUACAUAUAUAUUUAUAUUUUUAUAAAAGUAUGAAUUCUUUGAGUAAAGCUCCAUGGAAAUUAAAUCGAUUAUUCAUUUCAAUAUUCCUUAUUGUCGUUAUCCUACUAGUAACCUAUCAAGUAUUUUUCAUAGUAAACCAAUAUCCUGACAUAUUAAAUAAACCGAAAGAAUGGUGGAACCAUGCUUAUCCUUCUCGUUUAAACAGAUUAGGCAAUGAUGUAGUUCUAAAAAAUGUAACAUCACUCAAAAAAAUUCAGUAUGAUUUUCCAUAUUCAAGUUUCAGAAGAGAAUUCAUUGAAACACCAGAAGAAAGAGAGUUACGAGAAUCUCGUAGAGAAUCAAUCAAACAAGGAUUUUUACAUGCCUGGAAUGGAUAUGUCAAAUAUGCGUGGGGAGCUGACGAAAUUUUACCUAUAUCAAACUUACCAAGGAAUAGUUAUAAUGGAUGGGGAGCUAGUAUAGUUGAUGCAUUAGAUACUAUGUGGAUCAUGGAUCUCAAAGAAGAGUUUAAGAAUGCUACAGAACAUAUAUCUCAUAUUAAUUUUAAUAGUUCUGUUAUACCAAUUAGUAUAUUUGAAACUACUAUCAGAUAUUUGGGUGGAAUGUUAAGUGCUUAUGAAUUAUCUGGUGAUGAAAUGUUAUUAGAAAAAGCAAAACAAUUAGGAGAAGCCAUGAUUCCAUGUUUUAAUUCUCCAACUGGAUUACCUUAUAAUAAUUGGAAUCUCACUAGAGGACUUAUAGAUAGUACUUAUAAGCCAUAUAGUACGGGAAUAUUAGCUCAAGUUGGUACAUUGCAUUUGGAAUAUAUGAAAUUGGCCCAAUUAACUGGAAAUAGCACUUUCUUCUAUAAAGUACAAAAUGUAACGGAUGUUCUUGAUAAAGCAGUAAAAAAAAUUCCCGGCCUUUAUCCUACGUUCAUUAGUCAAGAAACUGGAAGAUUCCUUAACUAUGAUGUAGUAAGUUUUGGAGCUAAUGCUGACAGUUUUUAUGAGUACCUGAUCAAACAAUAUUUAUUUGUUGGAGGGGCAAUUGAUCAAUAUAGAAGAAUGUAUGAGGAAUCAAUUGAUAGCAUGCAUGAAUACCUGAUAAAAGAAGGUCAAGUAAAAAAUCGUCCGGAUUUGUUAUUCCUUGGAGAAAUCUAUCAUGGUUUUCUUCCUAGAAUGGAACAUUUGAGUUGUUUUGUACCAGGAAUGUUAGCAAUUGGAUCAAAAACAUUAAAUAGACCAAAAGAUCUAGAAGUAGCAAUAAAAUUGGGAGAAACAUGUUAUUGGGCAUAUAAUUCUACUACAACAGGAAUUGGUCCAGAAGAUUUUUAUUUUCUACAAAAAAAUGUUACAGUAGACGAAAAAACGCGUUGGAUGCAAAAAAAUCAAAAAGAUACUGUUUUGCCUGAUGGUAUUUAUAAACUUAAUGGAAAUUAUUUGCUUAGACCUGAAACUGUUGAAAGUCUGUUUAUAUUGUAUAGAGUUACUGGAGAUAAGUCAUAUCAAGAAAAAGGUUGGAAAAUAUGGAAGGCAAUUGAAAAAUGGUGCAAAACUGAAUCUGCUUAUUCUGGAUUAUAUAAUGUGGCAUCAAAUAAAGAAAUUGUACAAAAUAACAAUAUGGAAAGUUUCUUCCUCGCAGAAACAUUAAAAUAUUUAUAUUUAUUAUUUAGUACACCUGAUGUAAUUUCACUAGAUGAUUAUGUAUUUAACACUGAAGCUCAUCCUCUCUUAAGAAUGAAACCAUAAUAAUUAUUCUUUUGUUACAU